CUCCUCUCCUGGCCAUCUCUAGCCCUAGCGAGCUGGCAGGGAACAAGUCAUCAUCUGCAAGGGAAAGUCAGGGAGCAGGACUGCAGGCAGACACUCCUCUGGCUGAAAACAAAUUAUAUCCCCUCUGAAGUGAAGUGAUGCACCUUUCCUGAAGGUUCUCCAGUGAAGCUACAGCUAAGAAGAGAACACAAUCAUGUCAGUGAUAUACAGUGAAGUUGCAGUUGAUGAACCAACCAAUGAUAGCUUCUGGAUGCCAAACAAUUACAGCAGCACCGUAAAGCGGAUGGAAGAUGGGUAUCGGCUGUGUGAUGAUAUUAUAGCAUGUUUCCAAGACAGAGCCAAGAUAGAGAAGCAGUAUUCACUACAGAUGGAAGAAUGGGUACGCAAAUGGAAACCAAUAGUGGACACCAGUCCCAUGUAUGGCUCCCUCUUACGUGCCUGGCAGUCCUUCAUGACAGCUACUGAGCGGCUCAGCGAGUUACAUGUACAGAUCCAGAAGACCCUGAUGACAGAUGACACUGAUAAAAUCCGCAACUGGCAAAAGGAGACGUAUCACCGCAAGAUCUUUGGUGGAUUCAAGGAAUCCUGUGAGAUUGAAAAUGGUUUUUACAAAGCGCAAAAGCCAUGGGCUAAAAAAUUCAAAAAGCUUGAGAAAGCUAAAUCAGCUUAUCACAAAGCCUGCAAGAAGGAACAUUUAGCAAGUGUCAGAGAAAACAAUGGAAAGAUCAAUCCAGAACUCUCUUUAGAAAAGCAGAAGAAACUCACAGAAGAUCGUGAAAAAUUUAACCAGGAUAAAGCAAAGGUAAAGCAAAAAUAUGAGAAAUCCUUACAAGAACUCAAUAAAUAUAAUCCCAAAUACAUGGAAGAAAUGGAAACAGUGUUCGACCAAAGCCAGCAACAGGAACAGAAGAAAAUUCUCUUUGUCAAACAGGCCCUUCACGCUAUACACAAACACCUUGAUAUCACCAAUAAUGAGAGUAUAAUGAUAGUAUAUGGCGACCUAAACCAGGCCAUUUUGAAUGUCAGUGACCAGGAUGAUUUGAAGUGGUGGAGGAAUAAACAUGGCCCUGGGAUGUUCAUGAAUUGGCCCCAACUGGAGGAGUGGAAUCCGGAUACUGAACAACAGAUAGUAAAAAAGAAGAAAGUGAAAGAGGAAAAAGUGAAGUUAUAUAGUGUGACGCCCACCGAAAGCAGUAUGAAUAAACCACCAGUAAAUGUCCCUGGAGUGCGGGUACGAGCCGUCUAUGAUUAUUCUGGACAGGAGUCUGAUGAGCUCAGUUUUAAAGCAGGUGACGAACUGACAAAGAUUGAAGAUGAGGACGAACAAGGCUGGUGUAAAGGAGUGACUGAUCAUGGUCAAGUGGGCCUCUAUCCUGCCAACUAUGUUGAAGUUAUUACCGGAUAGUGGCUGAAAAGAAUCAGGAAUUCAGUAUUUGGUAUAUGACAAUCAGCUCUACAGGAAUUGUACUUAUUUGUUCCGAUCCUGGGCUGAGGUUAGCAAGUGACUGGAGCGUGAAAGUUUUUGGGCUAUUACUGAUUAAAGAAGACAAGUUUGGAUAAUUAUAAAGUUUCCUUAAAAUGCUGUUACCCAAAAUUUGUCCUUCCUAGGGGAUUACCACUGCCUGGGUAUUAUUAGCACCAGUCUGUCAAGCAUUUGUCUGUUUCUUUUAUAUCAGCAAUAUGAUGUCUGAACUGUAAAACUGCACACAGAUUUCAGGAAAUGUCCUGUUUGGACCAUCAUCAUACCCAGUGUGAUUCACAGUCCCAUGGAUGCUGCAGUGUAAUGUUGUGUGUUGCCUUUUGAAGCAUAAGUCUUUAUGGAGAAAUUAGGCUGUAUGCCUUAUGCCCCCCCCCCCCCCUUCCUCCUCCUGAAGGAAUGUUAUGUUUUUAUUUUGUUUUUUAAAUAAACGCUAAUGCAAUGGAAAAACAAUAAACCACACCGAAUUG